ACAAAGCAGUGCCAAAAAUGUUUCCGUCGUGUGUUGGCGGUUGCCGGACGACAGUCCUUCUUUUGACGCGGUGUUUUCAGCAGCAGCAGCAGUUUCGCUACGGAUUAAAAACAGCACGUUUUCUCCGUACGGAAACCUGUAUUGGACGACAGUUCCAUUCGGCGACAGCAGCAGUAUCCGGAUCUUCAUUCGUCGUUUGUGAUUACCGGUUCGGCAGUAAGCGAAGUUACACAUCAGCAAACACGGGAAGUUCCUGCCUCAAGAUGACCGGAGCAGCCAAGAAGUACACGACCGUCGAAAGGGGCGCUCCGAAUUCUACCGACUAUCGAGUGUUUAUCAAAACGGAAGAUGGCCAGUCGGUCUCGCCGCUCCAUGACAUUCCCCUGUACGCCAACGAUGCCAAGACGGUGUACAACAUGGUGGUGGAAGUUCCUCGCUGGACCAACGCCAAGAUGGAAAUCUCCCUUGCCGAAGGAUUGAACCCCAUCAAGCAGGACGUCAAGAAGGGCAAGCUGCGUUUUGUGGCCAACUGCUUCCCGCACCACGGAUACAUCUGGAACUACGGUGCCCUUCCACAGACGUGGGAAAACCCCGACCAUCUGGAUCCCAAUACCGGAUGCAAGGGAGAUAACGAUCCGAUCGACGCUCUGGAAAUCGGUUCUCGCAUUGCCAAGCGCGGUGAAGUUGUCCAGGUCAAGAUUCUUGGAACGGUCGCUCUGAUCGAUGAGGGUGAAACCGACUGGAAGGUAAUCACGAUCGAUGUAAACGACCCCGUUGCCGAUCAGCUGAACGACGUCAACGAUAUCGACAAGGUGUUCCCGGGUCUUCUGAAGGCCACCGUCGAGUGGUUCAAGAUCUACAAAAUCCCAGAUGGCAAACCUGAAAAUCAAUUUGCAUUCAACGGCGAGGCUAAGGAUGCCGCCUUUGCUAUUAAGGUUGUUGAAGAAACUCACAAGUUUUGGCGGACGCUAAUCAACAAGGAGAUUGAGGAUACUGGCAUUUCUUGCUUGAACACUACCGUCGAAGGAUCUCCCUAUCUGGUGGCUUCUGAUGCAGCUGAAGAAGUGCUUGCUAAAAGCGCAAGUGGUGGAAACUCUGAACCCCACACUGAUGCCAUUCACAAGUGGCACUUCCGCGAAGAGAAUGCUUAUUCCAAGUUGUAGUUCCGCACUGCAUCAUUAUCUCACGAGCGUAGACCAUCCCAGACCACGCAUUCCCACUGAUGUACGAUGGGGCUAUCGAAAACCGCAUUUUAUCACUCCACGCUUAGAGACAAUCCUAAUUUACGUAGUAGAGUUUCCGUAUUUAUUAAACUUUGUAGUUUUUCGGUAGAUUUGGAAUAGAAAGAUGAUUUUACUUUAGUUUGUAGUUGACGUUCAAAUGGUUUAACAAGUAAAACGAUGGGUUUAAACUAAGUA